AUGUUGACGACACAACUUUCAUUAUUCGUAGUAUUCACUGUUAUCGUUUGGACAACUGCAAACAAGGAGAAUUCUCCAAUUGCAAGAUCAAAGAAAUAUGAACAUAUUUUCUCCUUGGGAUCGAAAAUAUCACCAGAAAUUGCUCUAAGUAACAACAUUUUAUUGUGCUGCCUUCAACAAAUAAGGAGAAAUCUCGGCCGUGUGAUCCAGCAAACGACCAUAUCCUGUAAAACUACUUGUGAUGUUAUUCGUCCAGCAGGAGCUCUUUACGUAAGGGAUGUCCCUGAUUCAGGGCCUUUAUUACCGAUUCGGAGCAAACUGCAAUUCGAUGGUUAUGGCAAUUUGGCUGGCAAUGCUCGAAAUGGUGAUAUUAAUGGAAAAUUACGAAGUUUUAAGCUACAAAUACCAUUCCCUGCUAUUGGGUCACGUUUUACCACUUCAUGGGGUACAAUAAAGGAAAUACCUAUUCCGAGGGAAUUUCGACAAUACACGAAAAUUAGUGGCAAUCUGCUUCACAAGACUACAUACAGUGCGCAUAAACCACCAGCAUUUAUCAGUAGUAAUUAUACAAGCACUUAUCUCCACUCAGAAGAAAGAAAUACCGGUUCCACAUCAUACAGACGAUUAUCACAUAUGGAAAUUCCAUCAAUUAGUUCAACUGAUACAUAUAUGACAGAGGGAAGAAGAAAAUUAAUCGCCAGUUACAUCAGACCGAUGGAUAUGACAAUGGAGGAUAAGCAAAGUCAUACGUUGGACACUACACAAAUUAAUUAUCUUAAUCCGGAUCCACAAACACAAGUGGCCGCGAGUGAGAUGGUCCAUGAAAUAUCUAAUGGUCAGCGUUUGCCUCUUUCAAAUAAUGUGAAGAAUGAAGCUCUAAAAGCUUUUAAUAAAUUAUUCUCUUAA